CUGGUGUGCCCAGAACGCGACGAUCGGAGAGUGACCAUACAUCCGGCAACCAAGCGGCAGGUCAUUAGCCGAUUGAGGGCCGUAGUGACGGAGCACAAUACGUACGCGCUUAACGCAAAACCGGACCAGGGCAAAGUCUUCGACGCGAUUUCCUGUCAUGGAGCGAGCAAUCGCUUCAGUACAUCAGUCAUUAGCCGAUUGAGGGCCGUAGUGGCGGAGCACAAUACGUACGCGCUUAACGCAAAACCGGACCAGGGCAAAGUCUUCGACGCGACUUCCUCUCAUGGAGCGAGCAAUCGCUUCAGUACAUCAGUUUCGUCGACUGGCACUUUAUGCAUCGCGCGCACGCCUCGACGUAAUCCCUUUAAUUGGGCCUCGAUUGGGUGA